CUCUUCGUUACUGCUGUCCCUAAAUUUGCGCGUCAAGCGCUUAACACGUGUCAAAAAUCCUCCUGCCCAAACAAUUUUUAUGGAGCAUCUCACAAUUACGCGGCGUUAACGCCGAGCAAAUGGAAUUUUCAUUUUUGACAGGGCGUUACGUGCUGAAGUUGGGUGGGGACGACGGAAAGAAAAAGAAAGGACAAAAAAGUGAAAGAGGAAACGAGAGGAAAUGAGAAAACCUCAAAAAUUACGCCGCGUUAAUUUGUGGAGAGCGCGCGCUAACACUCGUUGACAAUGGAAAACGCAGCGCUUAGCGCUCCAAUUUAGGGACGACAGUAAGGUAUUCCAUGCUCUACCGCCCUAGCACAUGUCGUGAUAACCUACACCACUUUCCGGGGCUAGCCAGUUUGCUCAAUUCCCAAAGUAGCUCAAUAGCUGUAUAGCUGCGAUACACGGCUAUUCACAGACAUAUUCUGCAUAUGCUUGCCAUUUGUUAUUAAUGUGCUUAUGUACAUAUCUGGAGGUGGUGUUCGCGCGAAAAUGGCUCGACGUGUGCUACUCAGUCGCUUGUCGGUUGUUGAGCGUUGCCGACCAACUUAUUUUACGUGUUCUAUAUCACUGUCGCUAGAGCUAUUGCCGUGGCGUGCUUCCUAUCACACCAUGUUGACCGCCGAAAAAUCCACAUCAGUGGUUUUGAUGCCACAACAAGGAAUUACUGUAGCUGCUACACAAGCAGCAGCAGCAACAGCAGCCGCUGCAGCAACUUUAGUCACAACAACAACUACACCGCAACAAACACGUUGCUUUACAGCACAAAAACAUCAACAGCAGCCGGAGUUAAGUGUGGAGCAGCAAUAUGAGGAAUGUAUUAGUGAUCUGAAUACGCUGCAAUCGAACGCGAUAACGAUACGCCGCUCAAUUCUGCUGAAUAAUAAACAGUUGCCAUUAACUGAUACGUACAAAUAUAUGGAGCGAAGUGGCCUUAGUUUGGAUGAAUUGGAGCAUAUACCUUUCAUACACGUGUCUGGCACUAAGGGAAAGGGUUCCACAUGCGCCUUAACCGAAUCUAUUCUUCGUGCGCAUGGCGUUCGCACGGGUUUCUUCAGUUCACCACACCUACUCUCAGUAACUGAGCGACUACGCCUUAACGGUAAACCUAUAUCGAAACAGAAGUUUGUACGUACCUUUCGGAAAGUCUACAAUCGCCUGCGUAGCCAACAACAAUAUGAGGGUGAUAUGCCGGCUUAUUUCAAGUUCCUGACCAUACUUAGUUUUCAUCUUUUCCUCGAGGAGAAAGUCCAAGUUAUCAUUAUGGAGGUGGGCAUUGGCGGCGAGUUGGAUUGCACGAAUGUGAUAAGAAAUACCCAAACGGUCGGCAUUACCUCACUUGGCCUCGAGCAUACGCACCUGCUGGGCGAUACACUGAGCGAAAUUGCUUGGCAAAAGGCUGGUAUUAUCAAGGAAAACGCUGAUGUCUACACAUCUGUAACGCAAGAGGAGUGCCUCGAUGUGAUCAAAGCGCGUGCGAAGGAGCGUAAUGCCAACUUACACAUAGUGCCCGAGUAUGAGGAGUAUUUCCAUAAACCAGAAAUUGAAGCACUACUAUCCAACCUCAAUGAGGUAAUACGACUGAAUGGCUCGCUGGCCAUACAACUCGCCUACGAUUGGCUACGCAAGAAUGGGUAUUCACGAUACAAACAAGUCGAGUCAACAGAGCUAACCAGCGAAGUUGAACGUGGCUUGCAGCAGUGCAAUUGGCCAGGUCGUUGUGAGAUUUUGAACAUUGAGAAUUUAAAGUUUCACAUAGACGGGGCGCACACUGUGGAGAGUAUACGCGUUUGUUGCGAUUGGUACAAGCGUGUAACUGAGAAGAGCACUAACCCACGCGUGCUCAUUUUCAAUACCACCGGCGAACGUGAUUCGAGACGUCUGCUCGAGGUUCUUCACUCCAGUAAUGAAUUCGCGAUAGUUUGCUUUGUGCCGAAUAUUUCUUCGGGCGCCUCUAAUCACAAUGACAACACUUCCGUUUACGGAAUCACUGAACAGCUAAAGCGUGCACGUCUUCACUCGAGUAUUUGGUAUCAAUUGUGCAUGGAAUCGGAGGAAACGGAUACGUCUAAGACUUUUGGUUCGAUUGUCGAUUGUUUGCUGCAUUUGCGUCAAGUUUAUGGCGCUAAACAGGAGGUGGAUGUGCUGGUUACCGGCUCAUUGCAUCUGAUUGGCGCUACAAUGGCGGCAUUUAAGGAUUUUCAGCAAAAAUUGGAGGAACAUGGAAAUGGGGUCUGAAUAAGUAGUGUGUAUGUAUGUAAUGUAUUUAGGGGCUAUGUAGUUCUUUUAGAUAUAGAAACUUAUUUAACUGUUUGCAAAAUAUA